UAGGGUCAGCAUCCUGAGGCCAGUUGCUUUUGACAGUUUCCUUUCUAUUCAGGCCUGGCCUCUUUCUGUGCGCUCUGAGUGUACCGCUGCACACUACAGCUGCAGCACAGAGAGCAGGAUGGAGUUCUUAGCUGGAGUGGAGACUGCCGCCCUCCACCAGCGCUGUCCAGUCCAGCUGCUGCUGUGGGUCUCAACCCUAAGCUGUUCUUUCUCCUCGCCAGCUUCUCUCCCUCCUUCUCUGGUACCCCGAGUCGGAAGCAGCUACACUCUGGGAAGGACGUUCCUCGGUCUUGAUAAAUGCAAUGCCUGCAUCGGGACAUCCAUUUGUAAGAAGUUCUUUAAAGAAGAAAUAAGGUUUGACAACUCAAUGGCUUCCCACUUGGGACUUCCUCCUCAGGACUUGCCUUCUUAUGCUGCCAAUUACUCAGAUGAUUCUAAAACCUGGCGCCCUGUGGAGAUUUCUCGACUGGUCAGCAAGUACCAAAGUGAUAUCUCUGACAGGAGAAUCUGUGCCUCUGCAUCAGCUCCAAAGACCUGCAGCAUUGAGCGCAUCCUGCGGAAAACAGGAAGGUUCCAGAAGUGGCUGCAGGCCAAGCGACUCACACCUGACCUGGUGCAAGGCCUGCCCAGUCCCUUCCUGCGCUGCCCUUCACAAAGACUCUUGGAUCGUGUGGUUCGACGCUAUGCUGAAGUGGCUGACGCUGGCAGCAUCUUCAUGGACCAUUUCACCGACCGUGACAAGCUGCGGCUCCUCUACACACUGUCUGUCAAUGCACACCCCAUCAUUCUUCAGAUCUUCCCUGGGGCAGAGGGCUGGCCACUGCCCAAGUACCUGGGCUCCUGUGGUAGAUUCCUGAUCAGUACAAGCACCAGACCACUGCAAGAAUUUUACGAUGCACCUCCAGAGCAAGCUGCUGACCUUGCCUACCAACUCCUUGGGGUCCUGGAGUCCCUGAGGAGCAAUGAUUUGAACUAUUUCUUCUACUUCACCCAUGUUGAUGCAGACAUGUUUGGCAUCUUUGACAAUGGGCAUCUGUUCAUCCGGGAUGCCAGUGCACUAGGCAUCAUCGACAAGCAGGAAGGCAGUCAAGCAGCUGCCAGGACUGGAGAGAAGGAAGACAUUUUUAGCUGCCUGGUUUCUGGCUGCCAGGUCCAGCUGUCCUCCUGUGACACUGUCCCUGAGAAGCAAAGCCUGGUGCUGGUGUGUCAACAGUUGCUGCCUCAACUUCUCCAGGGCAAGUUUCCCUCCCCUAUACAAAAGGAAAUAGACUCUGCUCUCAGCCUGUGUGGCAAAGAUGCCAGCACAGACAUGGAAGUGUUGGGGGCCACCAGCCAGCUGAAGGACAUCUUGAGAUCACUGAGAACCUGCGAUCCUAGAUUUGCCUACCGCUACCCAGACUGCAAGUAUAAUGACAGGUUCUGAGCGGCUGGGGCCUAACUAUCCCGGGGGACAAUCCACAAGCUCUUUCAUGUCCCUGGUUGAAUUGAUGCCAAGUUGGAAGAAGCAAUUUUAAACAUUUAAGUAUAUUCCUUUCCUAAGAAACACUCGAAACUAGUGAAAAAACCUCUAACACUGCAUAAUUGACACCACUGGCUAGGACACCAUGGCAGAAUCAGGAGGUGAGCACAGGAAGACCCAGGUGUGAAUGUGCCAUGUCUUUGAACCUCUACUUUCUCUGUACUCUACCAGGCUUUCACAAGUUAAAGAAAACAGAUGCGAGGGGCUCAGACAUAUAGUUGUGACCUACAAAACAUGUGUUCCAGAAGCACAUGUCAGGAGGCUGGUAUAGGUAGAAGGCAGGGUGAAAGCAGGACUUUAGGCCACUGGAACUUAAGCCCUCAUUCCUACUCUCUUGCAUCUGUGAGAAGGGAUGUGCUCACGCACCACUGGCUACCAAACCCUCUGAGUACCUGGGACUCUUUAUGCAUGUGUAGAAGUCACCUCAGGAAGUGGGAAGGAGCCAAGGAUAAGAAGAGAAGGGGGGCCGGGCACAUGCCUGUAAUCCCAGCACUUGGGGGAGGCAGAGGCAGGUGGAUC